AUGGUGCAGGAACAAAACCGGCUGAUGCUGCCCAUCAAUGUAGAGUACAGUGACGUCAGUCAUUUGUCCUGCGCCUCUCGAUGUACGACCUCCAACAAAAUGUGCUACUCCUACAUCUACGACGGUCCUACACGACAUUGUAGCCUGGGUUCCUGGCUGGUCCUUAAAGCUCCAUUAGAUCCGGUUGUCCAAGGAAAGAUCUACUCUACUGGCAAGUUCUGUAACACAACCAGCGACAUGAUAUACAUACCUCACCCCACCCCGUCUUCAACAGUGCACGAGUCUUGUAAAGAUGUCUUGAGCCCCGAGUCUAGACCUGUCGCUAUGGUCACACCUGGAUGUCUGGUCAUGUGUGACACUGUGACAGACGGUGGAGGAUGGACCGUUUUCCAAAGACGUGUUUCUGGAACUGUUGACUUUUACCGGAACUGGACAGAGUACAAGAACGGCUUUGGGAAUUUUAGUUCGGGUAAUUUUUAUCUGGGUAACGAAAACAUUUAUUUGAUUACGUCAAAGAGACAACACGAGCUUCGAGUUGAUUUGACAAUGAAUGGCGUUAAUUAUUUCGCCAAGUACUCCAACUUCAGCAUCACUAGCAAGGAUGACGGCUACAGGCUGCAGGUGUCCGGGUACUCCGGCACGGCAAGUGAUGCUCUCUCUUACCACAACCUGAUGAAGUUCACCACGUACGACCAAGACAACGACUUAAGAGGUGAUAACUGUGCCAAUAUUUACCGCGGCGCCUGGUGGUACAAUAAUUGCUACUACAGCAACCUGAACGGAGAGUGGGGCUCGACAUCGACGACAGGUGUCAACUGGUAUAGUGCAAAUGGCGUCGCUUUCCGUUCUCCACUCGCGGAGAUGAAAUUUAGAUUUCUUUAA